AUGAUAACCUAUUCUUCUACUUCUAUUUUCAUCAAUACAACCUGUUCUUCUAUCUCUAUUUCUACCAAUACAACCUGUUCACAAUCGGUGCCUCCUACUUCUAUUUCUAACAAUACGAUCUGUUCUCAAUUGGUAACUAGUUCUCAAAAUAGUGACAGUAAUUUAUCUGAUUCAUACAAAAAUAUUAAAAAUACUUUAGCUUGUUCUUCUUCUCGUUCUUAG